AUGAUCUCGACUCCCCGCCUGCGGUCGGGGUUUCCGACAACCCCAGCAGCGGCCGCUGCCCGGCGACGAGGCGCCGACGAGAAAACGCCGACGAGCGUUCGUUCCGAAUCCUCGACGGCCGCCGCCGCCGACUCGACCAGGUCGCCGACCCUUCCCCUCGCCCCGGAGAAGUUGGCGAGGCACUCGGCCACCGGCGAGCCCGUCAUUCCCCUCACCUUUCUCGAUGGCCCUCAACAGCGGCUCUACGCCUUUGCCGUCUACGUCCUGCUCUGGGCAUGGAAGCUGUACGACUGGCUGCAGGUCGUCGAGGACGGUGAUUCCUCCUGGUGGCUGUUCCUGAAAUGGAUCUUCAUCGAUUUUUCCUUCCUCUACGGCCUGCCCGAGCUCAGGAUACCCUGGCUCGAGCUGUCCCAGUCCGUCGUCACCGCCGUCUUCCUCUCCCAUCUCGUCCUCAACUACAUGCUCAUGUUCAACAUCCCCCUUCCCUGGCAAUCCUUCCUCCUUGGGUUGGUGAAGAUUCUCUACGAUCGGGAGCUCUCCAUUUCCGAGCACAGCGUCAAGGUCUCGAACAUUCUCAACAACCAUUCCUUGAUCAUGGGCAGGCAAAUCAUCAACAUCUUGCCUGAAGGCUCCGCCGUCCUCAACCCCGAGCACGUCCCGUACUGCAUCAGCCCCAAGUCGAAGGCCGGCGUCGCGCUGCCCAUCUUCUUCAACGCCACCGUCCCCGCCGAGAUUGAGCUUGUCCGCAUUGAUCUCGAGACGGGCAAGGAGGAGACGAUCAAUGUUCCCGGCCGCGAGGUCGGCAAAAUUGCCAAGCUCAUCCGCGAGCAGAGCGCCGACUCCCACGCGACCGGAUUCAACUGGCAGUACCGGGUCAAGAAGCCCGGCGUCUACCGACUCUCCAAGGUUCUGGACGAGUACAAGCUCGAGGUGCAGAGCACGGCCCGGAACACCUACGUUGUCCUUUGUCCCCAGGCCCGCAUAAAGCCUGUCGAGUCCUCCCGGCGUUGCAUCCGAGACUUGUCGGACCUGUCCCUCGAGGUCUACGGAACGCCGCCGCUCAAGAUUGUCUACCGGCGGACCAUCAACGGCAAGGACGAUAGCUUCCAUUUCCAGAGCCUGCAGCCGGACGGAUUCACCUCCCCACUCCUUCGGAGCCUGGACAACCCGGCGGUGGGAGACGGCGAUGACAUCUCCUGGGUGCGCCCCUCCAAGGUCACCGUCGGCCUCAACGAAUCCAUGACGACGGCUGGCGAGUGGGACUAUUCCGUCGAAGAAGUCAAGGACGCCUUUGGCAACGUUGUCAAGUAUGCCGAGAUGGCCAACGAUGUCGACCAUGCUGCGCCCAAGGGGCUGGCGCAGAAGUUUACCGUCAAGGAGCGACCCAAGGUCCGCAUGCACGGCUGUGACCUCAGGAACCCGAUCAAGGUCGCCAAGGGUCACGCAGCCAAGCUGCCUGUCAACUUUGGACUCUCUGGCGACAUCUCCGACACCUCUCACAAGGUCACCUGGAAGUUUUCGCCCCUCGAGUCUCUCACGAGCAACGGAGACCACGGCGACAGCACGUCCAUGGGCACGUACUCGGCCAAAAACUCGCGCGACAGGCCUCUGAUCUCCGAGCCUGGCUUGUACACCCUCAGCACCGUUUCGAGCGGCGAAUGCCAGGGAGAAGUGGACGAACCGUCAUCCUGUUUGCUCCUGAACCCUCUCGAGCCUCAUCUGUCCAUCAAGUCGGAGGACAUCCCGGACAAGUGCGCCGGGAACUCCAUUGGCCUUCGCGUCGAUCUUGAUCUCGUUGGCACGCCGCCCUUCACCAUCCGAUACCUCAUCGUUUCCGAUGGCCGGGUCGAGAACCAGGCUCACCGCGUCCCUGGCCUGAGGUCUCAGCUGGAGCUAAUCCCCAAAACCGCUGGCCGCCACAAGUACAUCUUCAAGUCCAUCGACGACGCCGUCUACGUCGGAAUUCCCUUGGAAGGGUCGGAUAAGAUUCUGGAGCAAGUGGUCAAACCUGCUGCCUCGGCCGUCAUUGCGAACCGCAACCGAGAGAUCGGCGCGUGCCUCGAUUCGCAAGUGGAGGUGGAUGUUGAUCUGUACGGAGACCCUCCAUUCAAUCUCGAAUGGGAAAUGGUGCACGAUGGCAAACGCAAAACCGAACGCGCCGUUGCCGUGGAGGAGAAUCGUUAUCGGAUCAAGACCGCCGCCCUCACCAAGGGAGGAGAGUAUAUUCUCGCUCUCAGCAGCAUCCAGGACAGUCGUGGCUGCCGCGUGUUCUUGCAGGAUCAGCUCAAGAUCUCCGUGCGACGACAGCGACCGCGCGGUGGUUUCGGCCAAGUCGAGCAGAAGAACAGCAUCACGGCGGUGGAAUCGGAUACGCCCCUCCGCCUGCCUCUACGACUCCAGGGCGAGGCACCUUGGACGAUACACUACAGGAACCUCAACGGCACGGGCGACAUGCUCACCAAGACCGCCACCAACGCAAACGAUCAUCUCCUCGUCCGGUCGCGAGGUGUAUAUCAGAUCAUGGACGUCAAUGACAAGCAGUGUCCCGGCAGCGUCGACGCAUCCGCCUCCACCUUCAAAGUGGACUGGUUUCCCCGCCCGCAGAUGUUCCUUGUGGAGACUGCAAGCACCGAGCGGUCCGACGACAUCUUCAUCAAGCAAGAAGUUUGCGAGGGAGACGUUGACGGGUUCGAGGUCGAGCUUCAAGGCACGCCUCCCUACCACGUUCAGUACGAUAUUUCGUACAAGCCAAGGCAGGGAUCGAGUGCCAUCAGCCACAAGAAGUUCGAUGCCGCCUUGACCAAGGCGUCGAUCUCGAUGGACACGACCAAAGCGGGCGACUACACCUACCAGUUCUCCGGCCUGGCCGACAACCUGUACAACAUUGACAAGAAGUCCAACCCGCUGGUGGUUCAGCAGCGUGUGAACGCCAGGCCGUCGGCUACCUUUUCGAAACCUGGCCAAUCAUUCAAGUACUGCAUGGAAGAGCAGGAACAGGAGGAUAAGAUCCCGAUUGUGCUGACCGGCGUGGCCCCGUUCUAUGUCGAGGUUGAGAUCAAACACCAGGCGGGGUCACCGCCUGAGCUGUACCGCAUCCCGUCGAUCAAUUCCAACUCGUACGGCAUGCCGAUCCCGCGAGAGUAUCUGCGACUCGGAACUCAACAGCUUCGCGUCCGAAAGGUGCGCGACGCACGAGGCUGCCAACAAAAGUACGAGCUGGGUGCUCCAUCCAUCCAGAUCCAGCUUUUCGACGCACCUUCGAUCUAUUCUCUGGAGUCAAGGCAGGACUUUUGCGUCGGUGAACGUAUUGCGUACACCCUCUCAGGCACGCCGCCCUUUGACAUCACGUACGAGUUCAACGGUCGGUGGAACGCCAAGUCCCAGACGACCAACUUCCGCCGCAUCGCCGAGAAGCCGGGCGAGUUUACCAUUACGAGCAUCUCAGACAAGGCUAGCGAGUGUCGCGCGGCAGUCAGCCUGCACAAGACGAUCCACCCGCUGCCGAGCGUGCAGAUAAGCCGAGGGAAACAGUCCCGUGUAGACAUUCAUGAGGGAAACGAGGUCGAUAUCUUGUUCGAGUUCUGGGGUACGCCGCCCUUUGAGUUUACGUACACACGAAGCAGCAACGUCAAAAAGGGGCAACGGAGCGUCGUUCUGGAAACGAGGCACGACAUUUCUCACGAGCACACCAAAGUUGUCAAAGCUAGCCAAGAGGGUACGUACGAGGUGGUGGCCAUCAAGGACAAGUUCUGCUCGUUUUCCACCCAGCAAGUCGAAAAGAGAGAAGGGCGAUGA